AUGGAGAGCGUUGGCUUCCGCGAGAUGAUCGCAGCCCUGCGCGCCGUUCAGCCCGAAUAUCUACCGCCAAGCAUCAACAUUAACAAGCAGAAUGUCCGGACGCUCGACGCAGGCACACCACCAGCUCCGCAGAAACCGCGAGAUGCCCGCUUCGAUGUCGCCGUCAAAGCGGCCUUCGCAGCCUUCAGGGACGCAAAGCGCGAUUACCUGCUGAACCUGGAGCCCAAGGUGAUCAAGGCCCUCGCGCGCCGCGACGAUGUGUUCCUCACGCUGCGGGCCAUCAAGCCGUGCACGCUGUUUACGUUUGCGGGGCCGCCGACCGGCGACGGGGUACUCGCGAUGAAUGGGCUGGUGCUCGAGUGUCUGGCGCCCGUGCUGGCCAAGUCCGACCUCGAGGCCUACGGCUUCCGGCUGCAGUAUCUGGCAACGGACGUGCUCAUCAAACACAAGGGCUUCAAGGGCGGCUGGGUGCUGGCCGACACCAAGGCGGCGCAGUGGCCGCUGGUGAAGGACCUCUUCUUCGAGGCGCCGGCGCAUCCGCAGCGGGAGAACAUGCAGGAGACGAUCGGGAGGGCGCUGGGGUACCCGGCGCGGAUGGGCUAUAAUACGGUCACGUUCAAGGACGUCAACGAGGAGCAGGCGCUGGAUGCGCAGCUGGGGACCAAGGUCGAUGGUGUUAGUGGCGUGCAUUUCUGGUGUAUUGAUGGCACGGCGCAGGAUAUGACUAACAUAUUGUACUUCUUCAAGGCGUGCAACGAGGCGGCGCAGUCGGCGGGCAUCGCGCUGAGAAUGGACCUUAAUGAGUACCCUGCGAUGAAGGCGCGGUUCGAACAGUGGAAGGGUGCCCAUGGAUAG